AUGGCCAAUGUAGUUGUCUUGCCUGCCAAAGACGGCUCACUCGUGACCAUCUCGAAGCCGACUCUGCGAAACCUUCAGGACAUCCCUCUGUCAAUUCGUAACACAGUCAUUGGAACCAUGAAGGGAGCCGAUCCAACUGUGGUCCCACAAGCCGAAGCCUCGACCGCUGGAGGCUUUAUACAAUGCGACUCUUGCGGGAAGAUGCGUUUGGUUGAUCGAAUCGCCUUGGCGGUCUCGCAGAAACUGCGGAGGUUCGAUUGCGGUAUGUUGGAGAAUACUCGGUGCAUGCAAGCAGAUGAGUGGAGGCCACAGUAUAGUCCCUUCGCGGGUGCCGAUGGAGUCCCUCCUGGAGCCGCCCAGAGAGUUGACUACACCAUCAAAGAGACUAAGCCAAAGACAAACGUCAGCGGAGCGAAGCUUGUGGGGAAGAGUGCAGCAGCAGCAGCAACAACCAAGCCGAGGGUGCGCUUGUCUUCAUCCUCUAUGAAGAAUGGAAACCAGAAAACUGAAAUUCCAACUGUUGAGGUUCCAGUAGUUCCUAGGCAGGAUAAUGAUGCUCUCGUUGGAGGGGGAGGUGUCUCUGAGGUCAAGAAGCGUAAGCGUAAGUCCAGCACUAGGGAGGGUUUAGUGAAGACUUCUGGGGAGGAUCAUCGACCUUCUGUCGCUACGACCAAGAACAACAGUGAGGCGGGGUGGUUCAGGUGCACCAGCUGCCGUAAAUGGAGGAGAGUACACAUAGAUGAUAUGCCAACCAUUGAGGGGAAGGACACUUUCGUUUGCGCUGACCUCUAUGAAGGUUCUUGUGAUAAGUCCGACGACUGGGAAGAGGCCAGACGG